AAGGUUUCCUACUAGUUCUGAUAUUACUCGCAUUCUGUUGUCUUUCAUCUUUUUUUGUAUAGUCAAUCUGGAGAAAGAACCUGUGACGGCUUAAACCAUUACACAUGAAGUCGCAUGUUGUCAUCAAAUAACAAAUUAUAAUCUCAUGCUAUUGUAGUCCAUCUUCUGCUUGUACUCUGUUGGCGCGUGUGACAGCAUGGUACUGCGGAUAAAAACGAAGAAUACGCAUAAAAAUCUCAAUCAAAACUUAAGCUAUCACAAAGUAACAAUGAAAUAUCAGUCUGUUAACAAAUUACAAAAUGAACAUGUUGGAGAUUCUUAUUCACUUUAUCCACGGAAUAGUAUGUACUCAUCGACAUCGGACACUUCAAAUCCAUUCGCAGAUCCAACUACAACAUUAAAUAAUCAAUCACAACAUCAAUCUGAAAGUAGUACCUUUGUUACAUCUACACUAUCUGAUACUUACCAUCCUCACAAAGUUAAAUCAUUCGACGAAAAAGUUGCUAUAUUAAAUGAUGACCUGCUUCUUGACGGUUCAAAUUCCAUCGUAAAUACUGGUGAUGUCAAUGCUAGAGGUCUUUCAUUUCAACCUCCAUUUUCGAACUUGAAAAAGGCCCGGACUGGUGAACUGUCACCAUAUCACAGUGUGAAUUCAAUGCAUAGCCUACCUACAGUAACAUCACAUAGUGUUGGACACUACGAUGAUUUUGAAACAAUUGAUUGGGUCAAGGAUAUUGCACGUGAUCGAUGUCGACAUCGUGAAUUACAUAUGAAUAGAAAAACUUGUUGUGGUGGAAUAAAAGCUUGUUGGGAUUCUGCAUCUGGAUGGUUUUGUGUUUUAUGUGUUGGCCUGGUAACAGGUUUCAUUGCCCUGAUUAUUGAUAUUGGAUCUACAUGGAUGUCUGAUCUAAAAGAAGGUGUCUGCUUGAAUGCAUUUUGGUUCAAUCGUGAACAGUGUUGUUGGUCGUCAAGCCAAGCAGAUGAUGUUUGUGAUCAGUGGUAUACAUGGUCUCGGCUCUUCAUAAAUAAAGAUCCAACCGGUGAAUAUCCAGAUGCGUAUUUUGUUGGUUAUCUUUUCUACAUCCUAUAUGCUGUAUUGUUCGCUCUGGUUUGUGUAUUACUUGUUCGUAUGUUCGCCCCAUACGCCUGUGGUAGUGGUCUUCCUGAAAUUAAGACUAUUCUUGGAGGGUUCAUCAUUCGUGGAUAUUUGGGUAAAUGGACUCUUCUGAUUAAAUCAAUUGGUAUGAUACUCAGCGUUGGUGCUGGCUUAAAUCUUGGUAAGGAAGGACCUAUGGUUCAUAUGGCUGCAUGUGUUGGCAAUAUAUUUGCCUAUUUCUUCCCUAAAUACGGUCAGAAUGAAGCUAAGAAACGAGAGAUCUUGUCAGCUUCAGCAGCUGCUGGAGUUGCUGUUGCAUUCGGUGCGCCAAUUGGUGGUGUUCUUUUCUCCCUAGAAGAAGCUAGUUAUUACUUUCCAAUGAAAACAAUGUUUCGAUCAUUCUUCUGUGCUAUGGUAUCAGCCAAUGUCCUUAGGAUUUUGAAUCCCUAUGGAAGUGAUAAUAUGAUAAUGUUCUAUGUUGACUAUCAAGCCCAAUGGCAUGUUAUGGAGUUAUUCCCUUUUGCUUUACUUGGUCUACUCGGGGGCAUUUUUGGGACAAUUUUCAACCGAGCCAAUCUAUAUAUUUGUCGUCUACGCAAAUCUACUUGGUUGGGUCAAUAUCCUGUUCGUGAAGUGCUUGUUGUUGCACUAAUCACUGCAGUCUUGUCAUUUCCACAUACUUAUCUUCGUAUGAAUACUAGUGAAUUGAUUAAACUUUUGGUUAGUCGGUGUUCACCAGGGUCUGAUUCUUCUCUAUGUGAUUAUCACUUCAAUUCAAGUAAUCCAAUAACUAAAGCUAUUAAAAAUUAUCCUGCUGGACCAACAUUGUCUACAGCUGUGAUCCUGUUGACAAUCGCUUUGGUUUUGAAACUAAUCUUAACCGUCUUCACAUUUGGUAUCAAAGUUCCGACUGGUUUGUUCAUCCCAUCCUUAGCGGCUGGUGCAAUUAUGGGUCGAAUGUUGGGUAUAGCUACUGAACAGUUUGUUGUAGCGCAUGCAUCACAUCCACUGAUUGCAAAAAUGUGUAAAUCAUCCCAACCAUGUAUUAAUCCAGGCCUUUAUGCUAUGGUCGGUGCAGCGGCCACAUUAGGUGGUGUUACACGAAUGACAAUAUCACUAGUUGUAGUCAUGUUAGAAUUGACUGGAGGAUUAAAUUAUAUUAUCCCGUUAAUGAUUGCAGCUAUGGUUAGUAAAUGGACUGGUGAUCGAUUGACUAAUGGCAGUAUUUAUGAAGAGCAUAUUCGAUUGAAUGAUUAUCCAUAUUUGGGAGCGUAUGAUGAAUUGGACAGUAUGUUGGUUGCAGCUGAUGUCAUGCAACCGCGUAGGGAUUCUGGUUCACCUCUGUAUGUUGUUACUCAAUAUGAUAUGACAGUUAGUGAUCUAGACCAGUUAGUUAAUGGAUGUGAUGUCAAAGGAUUCCCUGUUGUUGUCUCUCAAGAUACACCUUAUCUAGUUGGAUGGGUAUCAAGAAGGGAACUUCGAUGGGCAUUGGAUCGUGAACGAAAAUACGACCCAAAUAUUGUAGAUGAUUCACCAGUAUACUUUGCAACAGUUCAACAAGUAAAUACAGACGAAAGUUUUGAAUUGACACCUGUCAAUCUACAAAACAUUGUUGAUUUGUCUCCUACAACAGUGUCUGAUCAAACACCAAUGGAAACUGUCUUAGAUUUCUUCAGAAAGUUGGGUCUUCGUCAAAUCAUUGUAACUCGUAAUGGAUGUCCUCUCGGUGUGUUAACUAAAAAGGAUAUUCUUCGUCAUGUUCAGCAUCACAAUCCAAAUAAUCGUUGA